AUGCCUGGUAGGCCUAGAAUCAAGAGAAGGAGGCAUGCAAGUGAGAAAGAGACACCUGUUGUUAAUGUUGUUCCUUUGGUGAAUGAGGUGAUACGAGAGGAUGCAAUUGAGGUGUCAGUGAAGGUUUCCCAAGAGCCAGUGCUAAUGGUUAAUGAGGUGAUAGAAGUUGAGGCAUUAGAUCCAAUUGUUAAUGAGGUUCCUUGGGUGAAUGAGGCUGAUGACAUUAUGGUGCUAGAAGAGGAAGAAGUUGAUGUUACAGUAAAGGUUGCCCAAGAUCUAAAAGAGAGUCUUGAUGAAGUUGGAGAUGAAAUUAAUCAAAUUCUUGGUUAUAGAAAUGCAUCAGAUGCAUCUGAUGUUCCAUUUGUUAAUGAUGGUGGUGCAGAACUUGAGUUCACUGAAGAACAUGCAUAA